CACUCAUAACAUAUUCUUACGCAUGUACAGUUCCUAGUUUCUCUGUCUUACAGACACACACACACACUGCCAGCCCCUGACUUCUAAGCAUAGGUCUUCCCUCUGCCCCUCUGGCACAGAGUAGCCACAACGUGUCUGAGGGAAUCUCCUCAGGGGCAGAGGCAGGUCACUGCUCCUCCCCUGGCCUGGCCUGGGCCGUAUCCUUCUCACCAGAAGCUCCGGAGGAGGUAUCAAUCUAUAGGCUGAAGUGGUCCCCACGAAGAGGAAGAGGCUGUGGCUGGGAGGCCUGUGGGGAGGCGGGGUGAGGGGGGAGAGGGAGGAGAUCCGGGGAAGGAGCAGGAAGGGAGACUGCAGGCGGUUGGGGAGCCUGAGGGGGAGGAAGCGUGCGUAGGGCGGGCCAGCCUCAGCCUGGGGGGCCAUGCCCCAGGCCACCAUGAACCUGGAAGGGCUGGAGAUGGUCGCUGUGCUUGUGGUCCUCGCCCUGUUUGUCAAGGUCCUGGAGCAGUUUGGCCUCUUUGAGCCUGUCUCCUUGGAAAGUAACGCAGACAGCGUGGAGGAUGAGUUUGAGUUGUCCACCGUGUGUCACCGGCCCGAGGGUCUGGAGCAGCUGCAGGAGCAAACCAAAUUCACACGCAAGGAGCUGCAGGUCCUGUACCGGGGUUUCAAAAACGAAUGUCCCAGUGGAAUUGUCAAUGAGGAAAACUUCAAGCAGAUUUACUCCCAGUUCUUUCCUCAAGGAGACUCCAGCACAUACGCCACUUUUCUCUUCAAUGCCUUUGACACCAACCAUGAUGGCUCAGUCAGUUUUGAGGACUUUGUGGCUGGUUUGUCGGUGAUUCUUCGGGGAACCACAGAUGAUAGGCUGAACUGGGCCUUCAACCUGUAUGACCUCAACAAGGAUGGCUGUAUUACCAAGGAGGAAAUGCUUGAUAUCAUGAAGUCCAUCUAUGACAUGAUGGGCAAGUACACGUAUCCUGCACUCCGGGAGGAGGCCCCAAGGGAGCACGUGGAGAGCUUCUUCCAGAAGAUGGACAGGAACAAGGAUGGCGUGGUGACUAUUGAGGAAUUCAUUGAGUCUUGUCAAAAGGUACAGGGCCCUGCCCUCUACAUUUUCCUGAUCUGGACUCAGGGCCUGAUUCAAUGAUGUAGGAGAAAGCUCCUUUGGGCAGAGUACCAUCUCCCUAACUACCCCCAAUUCUGAAUCGUUUUCCUUCAUAACUUGGGGAGACCUGACCCUUUCCCACCUCUCUGAGUGUCUCCUUCUUCACUGCCUCUCUCUGUCUCUGAAGAUCCCUAUUUCUAAAUCAGUGUUCUUCUCCCUUUCUCUAAUAAGCUCUUUUUCUUCCUUUCUCUCCAAUCUGCCUCUCCCACCAUGGCUACAGGACGAGAACAUCAUGAGGUCCAUGCAACUCUUUGACAAUGUCAUCUAGCUCCCCAGGAGAGGGGGUCAGUUGCCCUGGGGGGACCAUGCUCUAGCCCUAGUCCAGGUGGACCUCACCCUUCUCUUCCCAGGUCUGUCCUCAUCCUAGCUCUACCCUGGGGGCUAUAGGAACCCAAGAGCCUGGGGAUUUAGUGGUCCAUACUGCUGGAGCUGAGGAGGGUAGGGAGUGGGCAGAGUGUAUCUGUGGGAGUGUUUUCAACUCCCAACAGCUCCCCCUUCCUGCCUGAAACUCAGUGCCGAGGGUGCCCUGUUAUGGGAAUUGAGUGGUCCUUCCCCUCCCACCCCCCAACUGAGAACCACAACACUAGGCAAAAUGUCUCCUGCUAUGGUGCUUCCCCCAUCCCUGAUCUCAUAAGCAUUUCCCCUAAGAUUCCCUUGUAAAAAGGCUGUUCUGUCCUUGGCACUAACUGGCCUUUCAUGCCAGGGCCUUUGACAGUGCUGUAGGAGGGGGUCAAGAAUGUGGAGGGAGUAACCUUGGGCCUAAGCCAACGGGUAGGCCCUAGGAGGCAAUUGCGGUAGAGAGCAGGAAAGCCUGGGGAUUGUCAAUGACAGUAUACCAGUCUAUAGCUUUGAGCUCUACAGGUCUGCCACCCCAAGCCAUCAGAAUAUGUGUUUCCAGGCUCUUCAGAAAACCUUGGAAAUAUCCCCAGAAAAUUUCCAUGUACUCCUCAGUAUCCUAGGAGAACCUGGGAUCUGAGUUUUGGCAGAUCCCUGGAAUUUCUUCCUCUUCUUCCUUCCUGUUUGGGUAGUGGUGGUGGCAGCGGGGGGAAGAUAGAUGGGAGCUGUCUUGACUGAUACCUGCCAAACUUUCGGCCUACCUUCUAUGAUGGCUGCAACUUAAGUUUUCAUUUGUCAUUUCCUCUAGACCUGGAGGCAUGGAGUAAGUCAGGGACCACCCUGUGGAUGCCUUAGGAGAAAAAGGAAGGAAGGAGGCAGACAUAGCAUUUGAACCCAGUGUGGGGGCAUUUUUGAGAAUUUUUUAUAUACCCAGGCUCUAUUCCUGCCUCCCCACAUAGCCUCCUUAUAGCCUACUCAGAGUUUCCUCUUGCUCUAGUCAAUCUACCCAGAGAUGCCCCUGAGCACACCUUGAAGGCAGGGACCAUAGGAUCCAGGUCCCACCUCACUGUCAGCAGCCCGGCCACACUGCUACCCUUUAAUAUAUCUGCUUGUCCCAUUUAGCUCACUUUCCCAGUCAGCUGUGAACUGAGGGGGAGGGCCCCCAAGGAGCCCCCUUCCCCAUAAGAACACUGUUGACUACUUUGCAUUUUUGGUUCCUCUGUAAUUUUUGUAAAAUAAGAAAUCACCAGAUCCAAUAAAACACAAUGGCUAUGCACA